AUCCUCGCCUUAUUACCCAACCUCCCCCUCGCCGCCGCCCACAAUGGGUGCAACAAAGCGCACGUCGGACGGCGAGACCAAACAUGUCGGUCCCGACCCCUCCACCAUCCGCGUGUCGGCACCUUUCAUGAGUCAAGCGGCCAUCUCUAAGAGACUGCAACAAACCACCGCCCAGACCUCUCAACUCGAUCAUCAAGAACGCUCAAUCGCCGAAGCCCGUGAAGACAGCGUCCGCUUGCAAGGCAUCACAUGGAUCGAUACUGUUCGCCGCUCGCUUCAACUUCCCAUCCGCACAUACACGACGGCAUGUGUCUACUACCACAAAUUCCGCUUGGCCCACGCCGGCAGCCUGAAUGGCAUGGAGUAUGCGAAUGCGUGGGCCGAUGCAUGUGCGGCGAGUCUGUUGGUGAGCUGUAAGGUGGAGGACACGCUGAAGAAGAGCAAGGACAUUCUGGCUGCGGCGUACAAUUUGAAGACCACCACACAUGAUCAAGUGGGCUCGGAUGACCCCAUCUUCGAAGCGCCGAGCAGGGCCGUCAUUGGUUUGGAGAGGCUGGUGCUGGAGGCGGGUGGGUUUGAUUUUAGGUCGAGGUACCCGCAUCAGCUGUUGGUGAAGAUUGCAAAGGGAAUGCCUGAAGGCGUGGAUGAUGAGAGGGAGAAGGUGGUCAAGCUUGCGUGGACUGUGGCGACGGAUCUCUACCGCACUUUUGCCCCGCUGAAGCAGACGACGGCCACGAUGGCCCUCGCCUGUCUGGAAUUGGCCGCACAUCUCAUCGCCGCAAGCACAGAGAACAACGUGUCUGCCAUCAGAGACGCGUUGCAGGCUCUCGACCUCAAAACCUGGUCCGUUACUCGAGAGGAAGUCAUGGAGACCUUGCUGGACCUUCUGGACCUCUACACCCAACACACCGCCCAAACCAUCCUCGGCACACGAUACUCUCUCGACGACUUCCUUCGCGUCCGCCUGGGCUUGAACAAAGAGUGCAACGAGCACAACCUCCCCCGCCACACCACCGCUCCUCCACGCGUGGCAACCACCAUCACCACCACCACCGAAAACACCCUCCGCGUCGCCAACGGGCAUCCCACUCCCGUCUCGCCCAUGGAGCCAGGACCGCAGCCGCAGCCUCAGCAAGCUCAAACCACAAACGGCACCGCCGCCCCUCCGGAAGGCGCAGGCACAGUGAGGUUCAUGCUCAAUCCCCAACGCGCCGCAGACGAGAAGGCGCAAGUGCAGAAGUACUUCGUAGAGGAAUGGGAGGAGUACGAAGAAGAAGUGGAAAUCCCACAGCCUCGCGUGACCUCGAGGGAGCCGGAGCGAGACCGUGAUCGUCGGCCUGACUCUCUUGUGCAUCACAGUCGUGAGCGCGGGGGUAAGGAGCGAACGCACAGUAGAGAUGGGCCUCAUCGGGAGCGCGACCGGCCGGGGGAUCUUCGCGAGCGCGAUCUCGAGCGUGAUAGGGCGAGGGCUAGGGACGCGGAGCGCGGGCGGGGGUAUAGGGGCGAGAGGCGGUUUGAUGAGAGGGACCGUAGGGUGGAUGAUCGGCGUGGGAGGAGGUACGAUGAGAGGAGGUAUGAGGAUGAUCGCAGGCGCAGGGAUGAUAGGCGUUGA